GCCUGACGGUGGGCUCCACACGGACUCACUGGCUGCAGAUGAAGUUUUCAGUCACACUGCACGGUGGGACUUUCAGGAAUUCAUAUUAACCAGUUCAGACUCUCUAACUUCUCACUGACAUGUUGCGAUGUUCCGUGCAGCCUUUCAAAGCGUGGACUUGUUUUGGGUAAUUUUGCUGUACCUCGUUUUUUUGCCGGAGACUGGCUGUAGAUCAGCCGAUGCAGACAGCUGUCAUGAGGUGAAGACAGCCUACAUGAUGCGCCAAAUAGGCCCGGUGGAACUGGUGCCAGACAGACCGGGACCAGAUGAGUCUCUCCGAGUGUGCGUCCACCCUGGGCCCAGCUGCUGUACCAGUAAGAUGGAGGACAGCUACGUGGCAGCUGUUCGCGGUGAAACGCAGCAGAAGAUGCGAUCUUACAGUUUCGAACUCAAGUACCUGAUUGCUGGACACAUCAAGGCUUACCAAGAAAACUUUGAGUUGCUUCUUUCUUUUACAUCCAAUCUGACCAGCACUCUGUUUGACAGUGCCUACGCUGCCCUGGCAUCCGACUGUCGCCCUUUUGUGUUUAAGCUGUUCAGUGACAUCAAACGGCACCUUUCUGGAGACUCUAAUUCUUCCUUGGACAGUGCUGUGCGUCGAUUCUACAAUGACCUCUUCCCACUGGUCUAUCGCCGCCUGCUCAACCCUGGCAUAGGGCGUACAUCAGUCCAUACCUAUAACUCCCUUUCACCCAGUCAUGAUGACUGCUUGCGAAUGACACGGCAGGACGUCAGCCCAUUUGGACCCCAUCCUCGCCUACUCGUCAGUAGCUUGUCACGGGCACUCGGGCCUGGUCGAGUGCUCAGUCAACUGCUGAGACUAGCUGGAGAGGUUGUGAAUGCGACAGAGAAGGUGACGUUAUCUAGAGAGUGUGUGCGGGGGUUAGUGAGGAUGCAGUAUUGUUCCCACUGCAGAGGGCUCACACUGAUACGGCCCUGUACUGGAUUAUGUAUCAACAUCAUGAGAGGAUGUCUGGUUGGUGUAUCUGAGCUGGGUGGCCCCUGGGGGAAUUUGGUGGUAUUGCUCCAGCGGCUAGCUGCCACUUUAGCAACCAGCAGCAACCAUAACAGCAUGGAGUUAGCUCUCUUAGCAGUCAGACACCAUGUAAAUGAUGCCAUACUGCACGCUCAGCUGCACGGGCCACGCAUCACAGCCACAGUAGAGAAGGUGUGUGGCACCCAGGGAGCUGGCCCCAUGAUGAUGGAACUACAGUCUACUACCUUGCACACUACAACAUCAGUAACCUCGGAGAGGUCUCCUGUGACUUUGCCUCCAUCAGUUGGUCCACCAUCUCAUCGGCGUUUGCGGCUGCAAUCCCGCAGGUCAUUCCCUCUUAAAGGUACCAGAGGAGACAAGAGUGGGAACCUGAAAAAAUUAUCAAGGGAGUUUGAGGGCUCUAUCCAGCGGUACCAGUGGUUUUUCACAGAGCUGCCUGAGAUGCUUUGUGAAAGCGAGAUGGAAGUGGAGCAGCACACAUGCUGGAGCGGCCAAGAUGUCGUAGAGAGUUAUGCAGGUCGUGUGGUUGGCAGCACUUUAAAAGCCCAGAGGGAGAACCCAGAGCUGACCGUGCGUAAUACAGAUCCCAUCCUGAAAAGCGCGAAACAGAGGCUGGAACACCUGACACAGGAGCUAUUAGUGGAGCUGGGCUGGGUGAGCAAAGCAAGAGGAAGGGCAGAGGAAGAGGAGGGAGGGAGUGCCCAGACAGAUGGAGGCAGUGGAGACAACUGUGAUGAUGAAGAUGGCUGUGAAGCAUCUGGUGAAGAGAGCGGGGAUGAGACAGGUGAUGCAUUCAGCGGUCGUAGUCCAGUAGGAAAGGAAAGGGCACCUCCUCAUCGUCGCCCAGUCCGUCCUCAUCUCCUCUCACCUACGCAGGUGGCUGUUAAAGGCUCUGCUCACAUGAUGACUCCCGAACCUUUGACCCUGCUCGCUCUGCUGCUCUUACUGCUGUCACCAUGGGAACAACGCUGAUGAGGAAGAGACAGAUCUGGGACUGGUCAGAGACAGGAAACAUUGAAAGACUGUUUGUUUUUGUUUUUUUGUUCAUUCUUUUGUGAUGCUGAGUACCUUCUGUAAGCACAGCUCAACCGAUAUGAUUGUUAUGUUGUUCUGGAUCACCUGGCCGUUGGUUUACGACAGCUACAGGUGCACAGUAUGCAUUUUUGUAUUACCUGUACUUACCUCUACAUGUGUUCAUUUGUAUUUAACUUUUAUAGAAUAGACUGCCAGCACUACUGACUUUUUUUUUUGAAGAGAUAUGUAAAUACAAAUAUAU